GCUGUUGGUCCCACUGUGGAGAAGGAGAGUUCCAGUGUUGGACAGAUGAUUGUGUUCCCUAUGCUCAGCGAUGUGAUGGCCAUGAUGAUUGUGGAGAUUUCAGUGAUGAGCAGAACUGUGUGUGUGGGUCAGGAGAGUUCCAGUGUCCUGAUAACCUCUGUUUAAGGAGCAACCAGGUCUGUGAUGGAAUAUCAGACUGUGACCCAGGAGUGGAUGAACUCAUCUGUGAAACUAACGUUCCAGUGAUCUGUGGCCCAGGACAGUUUCCCUGUAGAAAUGGUUCGUGCAUUCCCAGGCGGGAUAUCUGUAAUGGAGUAAGUAAUUGUGAACACGGUGAAGAUGAAACUCCAGGCAGAUGUCCAGGUUCUACUGUGGAAGCUGUUUCUAUCACCAGCCCAACCCCGUCAUCUGCUCAAAGAUUCCCUUCAGCAACAGCUGUUUGGCAGUGUCGCUAUUUGGAGUUCCGAUGUGACAGUGGUCAGUGUCGACCACGUGGCUGGGUGUGUGAUAAUGAACUCGAUUGCCCAGAUGGGAGCGAUGAGAAGAACUGUAACAGGACAUGUCUAACCGGAGAGUUCCAAUGUGGGAGCAGCUCCCAGUGUAUCCCACUCUGGCAGUUAUGUGACGGCAUUGCUCACUGUCAGGACCACUCUGAUGAGACUGUUGACCGUUGUGGUUCUAUCAGGAUUCCCCCCUGUCCUGGGAGCUUCCUCUGUAACAGUCUAGUCUGCAUCAAUAGCACACGCGUGUGUAACGGAGUCAUGGACUGCGAGCAGGGUGAAGAUGAGCUGAACUGUGAACGGGGCAUCCCGACAUCACCGGUCCCACAGAGGAAUGGGACAAUGAGCAGCUGCAUUGAAUAUACCUGCUCCAAUGGGAGGUGUAUCACCUUCAUACAGGUUUGUGAUGGAGUCAAUGAUUGCAGAGACAGCUCAGAGAAAUCUAGUGGGAUUCCCUCGGAUGAGUUGAAUUGUGGGAAAUGGUCUCCAUGGGGAUUAUGGAGCCAAUGCAGCCAGAGCUGUGCAGCUGGAAUACAGACUCGGGAGCGAGUAUGUGAGACAUCAUCAACAGACCUACUCAAGGAGUGCAGAGGCCACAAGACACAGACUCAACAGUGCUUCAGCCAGGCCUGCCCAGUCGAUGGGGAGUGGACAGACUGGACGUCAUGGUCAAACUGUAGCCACCACUGUGAGGGUGUUGUGAUUCGCCACCGUGAGUGUGUUGGCCCAACAAAUGGAGGGAAACAGUGCCAGGAGCUGCCAGGCUCAGGCAGUCACAUGGAUAUCACUCCAUGUAAUUUAGAUGAUUGUCCAAGCGUCCAGCAUUGUCCUGGGGAACUGGUGAUGCGGGACUGUGCAACCUGUCCUUUGACUUGUGCAGAACUGAGCACGAACAGCAGCUGCUCUGGUAAAGGAGGCUGUUUCUCAGGUUGUUGGUGCCCAGAGGGCCUGCUCCUGGAUGAUAACCAGCAUUGUGUUCAGGUAGCAGCCUGUCCCUGCUAUGUCGAUGGGCUGAAGUACUGGCCAGGGCAGCUGGUCAAAGUUCACUGUGAGAUCUGUCACUGCCACCAGGGUCGUCUUGACAGCUGCCAACACAACCCCCAGUGUUCAGUCGACUGUGGCUGGUCGGUUUGGUCUCCCUGGGGGGAAUGUCUCGGACCAUGCGGAGUGCAAAGUGUCCAAUGGUCAUUCCGAAGUCCUAACAAUCCGAAACAGCAAGGACAGGGGCACCAGUGCCGAGGGAUUUACCGCAAAGCUCGGAGGUGUCAGACUGCACCGUGUGAAGAUUGUGAAUUCCAGGGUCGUUCCUACUCCAUGGGGGAGCGGUGGAAAGUCGGACAGUGCGAGGUCUGUCAGUGUUUCGAGGAACUCCAUGUUCACUGCUCCAUGUACUGUCCAUACACAGCACUCCAAUGUCCACAGGGACAAAAACUCGUUGAAGGAUCAGCUGAGAGCUGCUGCUACUGCACCGAGAGAGGUUCUGUUGACUCUGUGAUUCCCUCAGCAUUGCCACAUUACUCCACUAUCCCGUCCACAACGACAGAAGCAGUAUCGUCCACCACAGUGCACCGUGCAUGCCAGACAGGACAGUUUCAGUGUCACAAUGGGCACUGCAUCUUGGCAGGGCCUGGAGGAUAUGUGUGUGAUGGAGUUAAUGACUGUGGGGAUGGUUCGGAUGAAUUAUACUGUG